CCGCGCCAUCUUCAUUUUUGAACAAAGCCAGGUUGGAUGUGCUAGGAGCGAGCUGAGACCGGGUAGUAGUCCGCUUUGCGCUAUUCGCGCCACAGUCGUCAGUUCACGACGCUCUCCACUCCUGACUGGUUGGUCUCUGUCUCACCUUCCCUUCCCCUCUUUCUUUCCCUCUGCCCCUUGGGUUUUCGCCUGACGACGCUGCUCUCUCGGGCAUUUCGCCGGAAACUGACGCCGCGCGAGGGCACGAAGUAUCGUUACGUGUACACAUUGCUCUACCUUUUUCAUCGUUUAUAAGCAGACACGCAGGCAUCUUGUCCAUCACACAUAUCCAUCAUGAGUAGCAAAGAAAACAACGAGGUCGCUGUGGAGAAGGUGACUGAGAACGACAAAGCUUCCGGAGACGCGAAAUGUGAGAUCAAAGGAAUGAAGAGGCCAGCCGAGGAAAAAAAUGAUGAAACAAAAAAACAGAAGAAAGAAGAAAAUGGCGACGGAGAAGUAGAAGAAGAAGAAAUAGAAGAGGAAGUUGAAGAGGAGGAAGAAGUUGAUGGCGAUGGCGAAGAAGAUGACGAAGAUGAUGACAUACCGGAAGGUGAAGAAGAUUUAGAAGAAGGAGAGGAUGAAGAAGAAGAUGAUGCUGAAGGUGAAGUAGAAGGAGAAGUAGAAGAUGAAGAAGAAGACGCAUAAUGAAAACAGGGAAAAGAAUAUGUAAGUAAGAAAGGAGGUAGGCACACGGUACCAUCGUCGAUCUUCGGCAGUUUUCUCAGCAAACACUUACUCUCAUAUUGAGUGGUUGGUAGCAAUGUUGAUUACCUCGUGCCCAGACCCUAUUGCCUCCCGACCUACGAAUAAAAAUUACCACCUUACCGGAGUUGUGGUGGGCUGACACAAAUUAGAGGCAGCCGCAAUUCUACUGUCUUGGCUCUUCGCAAUUCUGGUCAUCUAGCCAUCACCAAAUGCUAUUAGAUAGUUUGAAUGAAAACUAUAUAUUCGUCGUGUGGGAUUUGAACGUGUCGAUUUAAUAUCUAAGUCCUUCGUGCAUACUCGUACGUUUGGUACAUUAAAUAUACUCUCAAGACGAAUUUAUUGUUUUAUCCAAACCAUCUAUUAACUGGUAUUUGCUGUCAUUUGGCUUUCUUCGCGGGACAGUUUUAUAACGAAAACUUAUUUAAGAUAAAAAGCUCUAUUGUAUUUAAAUAAUGUAAAAUGAACAUUUGUGGGUGAUGAUUUUUUUACAUUUGAAAUCAAAUUUACGUUUGUAGUUCAACGAAUGUCUCUCACCUUGUGCGCGUGAUUGAUUUCUUUUUCGACCUAUAUGUGUAUUUGCAACGACUUUGUAGGAGCGCGAGUUGUUAAAAAAAAAUAAAUAAAAUGGAUCAAGUGGUGCGUAAAGAAAUAAAAAUAAUAAAUAAAUACUAUAAUAAAUACUGGACAUCUCUCGACAUUCUUUGUAUAUUAAAAAAAAAAAAUGAAAAAAAAAAAGAAAAGAUUUUAAUGAUCUUUAAAAUCUCUGCUUCGUGCUCCUGUUUGAUCCGAGAACAAAAAUUAAGAUUAAUAUAACGCUCGCGCUAAGUAGUAUGGAUGAGUCAUGUGUGUUCUUAACAUUGCAUAAUAAUUAUACAUAGUAUGUAUAAAGUUAUGGAAUAAGAAACAUUUUAUUAUUAAUGAUAAUAUUAUGUAACGUAAUGUAUUGUGGAGAGGUUGUUACAAUUUAGGCUUCGAGUAUAUAGAGUAGGGAGAGAAUUUUUAUUUUAUAAAACAUAAAUGAUACAAAUAA